GCGGCUGAAAUUUCAGAAAUCUCCACGGUGACACGAGCAACUGUCUGUGCAGGUCAGUGGAUGGUUAAGUGAUUUUGAAGCGAUAAAUCAGGGUUGUCAGAACACAUUCAUAGACUCAUACUCUACUUGUACCUAAAUCUACUUGACAUUUACCCCCUGUUGAUUUUUUUUAUGUAUGUGUGCAUGUGCUUUUUCUCGUGGUCAUGUGAAAGACCGCCCAGAAUUGUCCGUUUUUUUUUUUUUUUGUUUUUUUUUUUAACUCGCCUGCGGUUGCAUGGCUCGUAUUACUGCUCCGCUGAGCCCAGCGCCUCUGCGCCAAUCACAGCCCGCCUUUUCCUGCGAACACACACAUGCACAAACGCACUGACUCUGGCAGGCGCACGCACACACACUCAGUUAACAUUGCUCCGCUUCUUCUCCUCUGCCCUCACAUGCGUUCCCACCGACUCCGCGUAGCGCUGGCUGCGCCAAGAUGAGCGUGGUCGCCCCGGUACCAUCCGAAAGGUACCAUCACGCAGCUUGACUGAGUGAGAGCCUGAGUCAGGGUGAAGGAGCGAUAGAGAGAGAAAGACAGAGAGAGAGAGAGAGAGAGAGAGAGAGAGAGCAUCCUUCCUCUGUCAAAACCAUCUUACCUUCGCCUGGGAAGACCGCUGCGCAAGCCGUUUGUUUCGGCAUCUUUCCUUUUUUCACCCCUCCUCCUCCUGUUUUUCUGCAUCCUUGACGGUCUCCUGGUUUAAACGUAAAACCGGAUAGCCCGGUCGUGAUUUUGUGGGAAUACAUUUUGCAUUUUUUUUUCCCUGCUGGGUGUUGGUAGCGCGCAGUCAGUGCGCGCUUCUGCAAAUUCCGGCGAAUGGUGGAUUUGGCAAACAUGGAGACCGUGGAAAAGGAAUGCGGGGCUCUCGGGGGUCUAUUCCAGGCGAUUGUCAACGACAUGAAGUGCUCCUAUCCUGUGUGGGAGGACUUCAGCGCCAAGGCCACGAAGCUGCAUUCCCAGCUCCGAACCACUGUUUUGGCUGCUGUGGCCUUCCUCGACGCCUUUCAGAAGGUGGCAGACAUGGCUACAAACACCAGAGGGGCAACAAGAGAUAUUGGUUCAGCUCUGACCAGGAUGUGCAUGAGACAUCGCAGCAUUGAAGCAAAACUUCGCCAGUUCACCAAUGCUUUGAUGGAGAGUCUGAUCACUCCUCUCCAGGAUAAGAUUGAAGACUGGAAGAAGACAGCCAACCAGCUGGAUAAGGAUCAUGCCAAAGAGUACAAGAGGUCACGCCACGAGAUCAAGAAGAAGUCAUCUGAUACCAUGAAACUGCAGAAGAAGGCUCGGAAAGAGAUCCAGGGGCGAGGGGACCUGCAGCCCCAGCUUGACAGUGCCAUGCAGGAUGUGACCGACAUGUGCCUGUUGAUGGAGGAGACUGAGAAGCAGGCAGUGCGGCGUGCCCUGGUGGAGGAGAGGGGUCGCUUCUGCACCUUCAUUGGCUUCCUUCAGCCUGUCGUGAAUGGAGAGAUCGCCAUGCUGGGCGAGAUCACCCACCUCCAGGCCAUCAUUGAUGACCUCACUGUGUUGACCACUGAUCCUCACAAACUACCCCCUGCUAGUGAACAGGUGAUAAAGGAUCUGAAGGGCUCAGAUUACAGCUGGUCCUAUCAGACCCCUCCAUCAUCCCCGAGCAGCUCUGGCUCACGCAAGAGCAGCAUGUGCAGCAGUGUCAACAGUGCCCACAGUAGUGCCUCCCGUUCGUCAGGGGGAGGUGGUAGUGGUGGUAUUGGUGGCAGUGGUGGAGGCUCCCAGCCCCACUCACCCACCUCAUCCUCCUCCUCCUCCUAUCGCUACCGCAGCAGCCUGCCACAUCAGCCUCCACCACCAGGGGGCAUCGCUGCCCACCGCCUCAGCAGCGUCUCCUCCCACGAUUCCGGCUUUGUGUCCCAGGAUGCCAACAUCUACUCCAAACCUCCCUCACCUAUGCCAUCAGACAUCACUAGUCAGAAGUCAUCCAGCUCUGCAUCGUCAGAGGCCUCAGAAACAUGCCAGUCAGUCAGUGAGUGCAGCUCUCCCACCACUUUUGGCUCGUCCUUCGCUACCUUCCGCCCCGCUCUUUCUCACCCUGGCUCCACCAGGCCUCUCUCUGUCAUUCUUCCUGUUCCUGCGUCCCCACCCUAUAACCGCCCCUCUGGAUCCAGCUCCUCCUCUCCCACAUCAAAGGUUCCUAUGUGGAAGGAUUGGUCCAAAGCAGGUCAGUAUGAACAGUCCAUGGCUGCAGCAACAGUUCAGAGAAGAAAGGAACCUCUUGAUAGGCUGAGGGAGAGCGAGUCAUCACCAGGCUCUCCCGGAUAUGCAGGGCCAUCUCACCCGGAGGACGCACAGAGGCCCAGGAUGACACCAGCUAAUGUUGCUGCCAAGCACGGAGAUGAGGUUUCUCCAGCUGCCAGUGACCUGGCUAUGGUCCUGACCAGAGGACUGAGUAUGGAGCAGCAGAAAAGCAGCAGAGACUCCUUGCAGUAUUCCAGCGGAUAUAGCACAGAGACAACAACCCCAUCCUGCUCUGAGGACACAAUUCCUUCACAAGGUUCAGAUUAUGACUGCUACUCUGUGAAUGGUGAUGCCGAGGGGCCCGAUGGACAGACGGAGUUUGACAAGUCCUCCACUAUUCCCCGCCACUCUAACAUUGCCCAGAACUAUAGACGCAUGAUACAGACCAAGAGGCCAGCCAGCACAGCCGGCCUGCCCAGUGGGGCUCUUGGUCCAGGGGUUCAUGGUAUACCAGGACAACCCGGUGGAGUUGGUGGGGGUGGAGCAGGGACACCAGGCACUGCCACCAUACGCCGAACCCCGUCUACCAAACCGGGCGUGAGGCGCACAUUGUCUAACGCAGGACCCAUUCCCAUCCGACCACCCAUUGUGCCUGUCAAGACACCCACCGUUCCUGGAGACUCACAUUCACCUGGCGCAGGUGGGUAUGCAGGUGGAGGGCACGCAGGUGGAGUCCCUGUUCGAGUGGGAAGUGAGGAGUGCGUGUUCUUCACUGGAGUCGAGGACUCACAAGGAGCGCUUGACUAUGUAAAGGCAUCACCAAAACGUCUCAGCCUGCCUAACACGGCCUGGGGAUCAGGGGCAGCGUUAGAGGUCUAUGCCCAGCAGCAUGGUGGCCUUGUCAUGGGAGUAGGCUCAGGGGGCGGAUCAGAGGAAGAUCAGAUGAUCGCGGCAAAUCGGCACAGUCUGGUGGAGAAAAUUGGUGAGUUGGUAGCCAGUGCACAUGCCCUUGGAGAGGGGCAGUUCCCUUUCCCUGCCCUCCCCGAUGACCCAGCCCCACCACCAACUGGCCCCACUGAUUCUCAGACAGGGACAGAAGGGGCAGAAGGGUCUGGUGACAUGCUGACCACCAUCAGGAGAGGAGUUCGCCUUCGCAAAACAGUCUCCAAUGACCGCUCAGCUCCACGCAUAUUGUGAUGGGAGGAAAAGCAGAAAGAGGAUGAUGCUUGUCAACCAAUAGGGAGUCAGGUGUUGGCGUGAUGCAACCCAACCGCCUAGUACAAACACAAAACCUGUGUACCAUGUAGGUGAAGCUAUAAUAUAAGACAAGAUAAACAAAAACAAAACAUACAUGAGAAAAAAUGCUUAAAGACACCAUUAGAAUAAAUUAUAUAUAAUGUAAUGAUAAUGAUAACAUUAAUAAUUUUAACCCAUACCGACAAUUAAAAAUUAAAUACUGAAUAUUGACAGGCUCCUAGCAGGCCACUAUAACUAGUGUGUGUUGGACGCAUGUUUGUCUUCUAUACACCAUCACCCAGGGAUGGAAAGACUCGCCGGAAAAACAGAUAAGAUAAAAAAAAAAAGAGACAAAGAAAGAGAGAAACACUGUUUCUGCACAGUUACACCCUUUCCUAUCUUCUUCCCCAACUAACCUAACUGUCUGAUCCCACAUGAAAGACUGAUGACUGAAGAAGGGGCUUCAUGGGGGUUUGAGAGGAAGGAGGGCUGGUAGUGCCAUGUGACCAGCUGGAUUUGAAGCUUCGGUAUUAGCAUGGGGAGCUAACAGGCCAGAGGCCUUCUCUGGUUCAUCCCAAUGUAAAAGAGUCCUUAAAAAAUUCUGUUGGCAUUGAACCGUGCUAGUGCCCCCUUCCCCCCUCACUCUUUCCCCCUCUCUCUCUAUCUCUCUGUAGUGUGUGCGUGCAUUCAUGUGCAUGCAUGUGGACAAAUGUAAAAAAUUGAGUGUGUGUACAUGUGAAUGACUGUGUGUGCGUGUGUACGUGUGUUAGCGCGAGGGGGGUGGGUAAAGCUCUGCUGCAGGACAGCUGGUUACCCAAUGUGGGCAGGGCUUUUAUCCUGUGUGUUGUGUGUGUGUAUUUUCUUGUUUAUAUUGUGACGUCAUUUACCUUGUUACCACUGUAUGAGAAGUUACGAGACGUAAUCCAGGCGUAUAGAUAUAUUCAUAUAUAUUUUCUAGAACCAGAGAGUUCAAUCAGAAAUGGAGCAAUAAAUGUGUUUUAUUUUCUUGUUUCGAAGACGCUGAUUGAUGGGGGAUUGUAGUUUCUCCUUUGUCACAUCCAGGCAAUCAUCAGGAAUGCUAAAUUAUACAUCAACUGUGAAUUCAUGCCUAACCGGGUUUGGCGUGUGUCUCUCUGUCCUGGUCUCUUUCUGGUGAAUGAAAUGAAUUACAAAAAUUUGAAAAAAAGGAAAACUGUAAGCACUUUGAUAAGGGGUAGAGUAUGUAUAAUAUCCAGUAGGUGUUGCUGUUGUCAUACUGUAUGAUAGGGGGAGUGAAAGUGAAAGAUGGUUGCCUAAGACUGUGUCCUGAGGAAAUUAUUUAAUAUAUGAAAGAAGAAGAAGACAGGGAGAGGAAGAGGAAGUGUUAAAGACUGCUGGAACUGGAGUGAUAGGCCAAAUGAGAGACUGAAUAAGAAAGUAGUGCAAAAUAUCCAUCUGAAAAUGGAUUGGGUGUCAUGGCUGGGUAAGCCAUCGGCUGCUGUCAAUCAUCUAAACCUUGUACGAUGUGGGGGAACUCUAAUUUGAAGUACUGAAGACACGAUGUAAAAAAACAAACAAAAAAAAAAACAAAUGCACUGCACACAUAGGCCGCCCUAAAUCUGGAUCUGUGCUUCUAAUUGUUCAACCAAAUUACACAUUUUUUCACCAGUCGUGCAAAUAGUUUUAGUUUUUAAAGAUGAAAUAUCUGUUUGAAAUUUCUGCCUCCGCCUCACACUGGAGGACAUGCAAUGCUUGACUUCUUUUUACUGUGGAAAAAGACCUUCAAAAAGUGUUGAGCACAUGCUGGAUUUCAGAGAGUAACAAGAACACUGUCUCAAAAAUGACACAUUACUGUUGAAUUUUCUAAAUGCCAUUUUCAACACUGUGAGUGCAACACAUGGACUUUUGUUCAUAUCUGUGAUAUUUUGCAGAAAUUUCAAAUUCAAAUAAAAAUCCAAAUAAAACCAAAACUACAAGCAUAGAGAAGCAACAAGUGAUUUGGUCUCAGUGUUCUUAUCCAGUAGCAGCCAUGCAUGCUGUGAGUUCAAGACACUUACAAUGGAAUCUUGAGUCUUGUUUAGAUGGAAAUAAUAGCACACACCCCUUUGUAAGGAUAUAGCCUUGCAGGCUAAAAGGACACAAAACAAAAACAGCACAGCUAUAGAAAAACACUGAGCGUUGUAGUUAUUGAAUUAAUAGUUGAUAUGCUUAAUGGACAAUACUAUUCUUCUAAUAAGCAGAAUAAAACCCAGUCAGGAUAAAGAUGCCCCUUACUGUUGUGAUAUCCAGCAGAACGUUUUGUGCAUGUUAGGCGUGUCCCUCCUGAUUGACGCUGAGGUUCAUGUAAACUCACAUAUACAGUGCUUUUAUUUAGCAUCCAUGUAAACAAUUACACUAGAAACUCUACUCAGAGAUGUAAUUGCCAGUGUGGGGCAGUUACACUGCAAUAACGUUGCUUGCUAAUGCUUUACUUGUUGCAAUUCAUAUUAAGGGUUUACAUUUUGAAAUUCCACAAUAACUAAGCAACAAUUUUGGAGUCAGCGUGUUUGCAGACGUAGCACUAGUCUGAUGGAGGCUUGACACCAAUUCCAUCUCUAGAUGGCAGCUGGAUGAGUUAGCUUGGUGAAGGGACGGGUCACUGAAAGGGAGAUCAGUCGUCAAAAGUAUUGCUAGUUGCCAGCUAGCUACUGGAUUCCAGUUCACCUCAGGACAUGGCUGUAUGAACGGAUUAUUUAUGAACAUUGUAAGAUGUGAAAAAGAUGUCUUUGCAUAUGACAAAGCAGGAGGAUUUAAAUUAAACUUCUGAAGUUGACAAAGAGGGAAAGAUGUGUGGAAUGAGCAUUUCACUGCCUGGUCAUACAAUAUGUGCUGUACUUGUAAAAGAGAAUCAGGCGCACAGAUUUGGUAUAAAGGUUUGUUAGAAAAUAUUACAUAGACUAUUCAGUUUUUCUUUUCUUCUACAGUACUGUUUGAAUAUUUAGUCUUACUUCUAAUUAAUGUAAAAAUUAGAAAAAAAAAAACUCCAGUUGUAACACAAACUACUAAGCUGUGUAACAUAUGGAUGUAGAAUGUGUGGGCUCAGAGUGGGUGUGUCCUUGCUUGGCUGUUGAUCUGUAGGCUAGUGAACUCUUCAUCAACAUGUCUGUACGCUCUAGCAGUGAUCUGAACAUAGCCAGUGACAUCAACUCUCUUACACACUCUUAUUUAUUUGUUAUUUUUUUUUAUUUUUUUGUCUUGAAUGGAGAAUUGUUUUAGACAGAUUUGUGUCUAAUUAAAGAGAACAUUCGGGUGAUAAGGUGAUAGAGAGGAUACCGUCUGCAUUUUAUUAUAAUUUUUUUAGUAUUAUUAUUAUUUUAACUUUGCAACAGUGUGGCAACAAGGGGCUGUUGUUAUGUGUUUUUUUUUUUUUUUUUGGUCUAGGGGGAACUACUUUAUGUGUGUUGAAUCUGACUGGAUGAUAGGGUUGAAGGAGAGAGCAGAUUGCUUGGACUCCAUUCCCAAAAAAGAAAAGAUUACAUUGUGGGUGAUAAAAUGUUCUUCUGAAUAAUUUGUCUGAGACCACCUCUCAAGGUUCCACUGUACAUGAAUCCAUAUGCUGAAUGUACUACAAGGUCAAGGAGGACGUCCAACUGUACGUGCUUGAUUUUCUUGAAUGAACUACUGCAACGUCAGAACUUUGUUCACAUUUGAUUGAAUUAAGUUUUCACUUCACAGUAGGAAAGCAAUACAGGGGUAGUGUAUGUACAUUCACAAUGAUGUUUCACUGUGGGUAUGAUAAAGGAAAAUACCACUGUUUUGUCCAUUAUAGGAUACUUGUGCUUUCCAUCGAAAAGCUAUUCCAUAUUGCAUAUCUCAGAUGAUAUAAAUUUAGAGCACCAAUUCCACUAGUCUGUGGAAACAGGCUGUGGAAUGCGUAUGUGUUUUGCUGUAUGUUUAUUUACUGUUUACUAACUAAGAACAAAAUUCACUGCCAGUUUUCUACAGUAAGUUAUUGCUUGAAUAAAGAGUUGGUCGUGCUCUGCAGAAUAGACAUUGAUUCCAGAUGAUGGAUAACAACUCAGGACCAGACAAGGAUUCUGAAUGAAUUCUGAGUCUAAACAGGCUAAACAGCACACGUCUGCCUGUAGGAUGAGCCUGAGAGGACAGAAAGAUCUAACAUUGCUAUUUUCCAUUAAAAUACCCAGUCAACAGCACAAUCUUUAAAAAAACAACAACUAAGUAAUGUUUUCUUUUUUAACAUGUUGGAUUUACUGUAUAUUGAACUAACUGUCUGAACAAGCUGAAAUAACUACUCUGCUACAGUGUCAAUAUGUCCAUUUUAUUACUGUAUGUGGUUUGAAAUGAGUUUACUGCUAAAUAGGGAAGUUGGCUUCGGUAUGAGUGCACACAGACACAUAUUCACGUGCAUGCAGGUGUGCAUGUAUACACUCAAACAUGCACACAUACACAUACAUGUAGUUGGAAUACACACUCAAAACAGUCCCUACCAAUUCAACCGAGAAAACUCACACAGCCUUUACUACAGCUUAGAAUGGAAGCGUCGUAGAAAAUGACAUUUUUACAUUAAAUUCACAAUUUGGUUGAGUCAAGAGGUUGAAAACUGAACUUUCGGUGACAUUAACAGCUCUUUCAUCUCUUUCUAGCAGCUGACAUUUUUGGCCAGUUCGGUUAGUGUGUGAGCUAGACAACAUCUUAAGUAAAACACAUAUUGAGUAUAGGUGCAAUGCACUUAAAUGUUGGAAUAAAGGCUUCAAAAACUACAGUGCUGGAAAAAAAAAAAAAGAAAAUGUUGAAUGACGUUUGACAUUUUGGGAAAUACUCCAGUUCAUGCAUAGACUUAGAUGAGAAGACUAAUUCUACACUGAUCUCUGUACACAUUCGAUAUGAUAUCACAUUCGAUAUGAUGCCUUCAAGGGUGAAACCCAAACACUUUUUUCCCCAACCCGCACCUCCAAAAUUGACACGACAUACAUUCUUUGAUUAAUUUACACAAAUCUUAAACCAGUGUAAGGUCAGGCACAGUAACUUUCUGUCACUGAAGAGACUAUAGAAAAAAAAAAUUGAAUAACGUUUCCCAAAGUGUUGAGCUCCGUUUAAUUUGAUGAAAACAUGUCUAAAGAAUUUAUAAAUUCCUCUUAAACCUGACAUUUUAUACCUCCAAAUCCUUCUCUUCCUUUACCGUUCUCUCCCAGUUUCUUUUCUUUAAUUGUCACUCAGCCUCCAUCCUCAGCUUCUGAGCAGUACACCUCAGGAUGCCUUGUAGCUGACAAAUGAGAAAAAAUCGCUUGUCAUGAUGGGAGUCCUAUUGGCUGUGGUUUGCCUUCCUUUGCCCCACAGCCUAUCAAAGCUAAUGAAAAAUAACUCUGAUAAAGUCUUUAUUUUCCCCACAGUAUUUGGUGAAUGCACACUCAGCUCAGUUUAUUAACUCUCUGUCUGACUCCCCGUCAGUCUGUUUCCUCCCUUCUCUCUGUGUGUGGCUGCAAUUUGCCUCAGUAUGCAUGUGUACAACAAUUACGUGUGCGUGUAUGUAUCAUAAUGGCUACUGGGUGGUAUCAUUGUAGGCCCUUGGUGUGUUGUUUAAAGCAUUGGAAUCGUUAGCGAGGGUAAACUUCUCCCUGGUGUGCACAGUAACAUGAGCCGGUUUCAAGGCAAGCAGAUGGAUGUCUAACGUGCUCAACGCUAGAUUACAUUUUAAUUAAUUUUGAUCAGGCUUUUGAAGACAUCUUUUUGGCAUCAUCUCACAAGCAGCUUAUAUUACUUUGAUGGUUUCUUGGUGAGCCUCUCUCACAGAAACCUAUUAAUGAUAAUUUAAGAGUGCACAGGCCUCUUAAAACAUACUCAAAUGUGCAGAAUUGUUUUAUGCUAUGCUGAGCUAAACUCUUAAGCGCAAUAAAUAGAUAAUUAAUUAAUUACAAUAAAAUCAGCAAAAUUACUCAACAGAAGUUAUGCCAAUAAGGAUCUGGUUGAAGAUUUGGCUGAAAUGAUAAUUAAAGCUAAAGGGUCAUUGUGAAAUCGUACUGUAAUAUUAGGAUGACAAUAUGAAAACAUACUCAGUAGUCAGUAAAAAAAUAUUUUCUUAUCAUCACUGCCAUUGGUCAGUAUGUAACCCCUGAAUUUAACUUUACAUUUCAAGAGGAGCACUCUGUUUUUCCCUCUUUCACUUACAUCGCACAUAAACAAGCUGAGGAUGUUUUAGUUUCAGCAUAGGAAGUAUUGUGACAGGGCCUUUCAGUAUGUUCCAAAAGCAUGUAGGCCUUUUCUACAACAUCAGCCAAGUAACAUCACCAUCAUAGUCAUUGUAAUGAAUUCGUUUGAUUUCUCUGUUCUCUGUUGGCUUUAACUUUGUAAAUUUUGGCACCACUCAUGAGGUAAUAUUACUAGAUCCACAUCUUGCAUAACACUCCUUAGGCUAAAGCUCAACUGACUCCAUCAGUGGCCUUGUAAUUUUGCUGUAGCCAGAUGUCUCACAACAGAAUUAGGAGAAAGGUACAACAGAAGCUUAGAUUUUCUGUUUGAUCAAUGACAAAGAAACAUUCAGCCAACUUCUCCCAGCCAGUAAACUUCUUGACCAGUUUCCCUGGUUACUGAGAUUUAUAGGAACUUGGAAGACUUCCACUGUGAGCAUUUGCUCACAGCAUGAACGCACAGUUAGAAAUCUAUCUGGAAAUUUUGUGGACUACAGCAAUAUUUGUGGUGUGGAAUUCUUCACAAUUCUCUCCAUAAAACUCUGUCGUAACUUUCGUUAAAUGCAAACACAAAAUUUCCAGAGAAGCAAUGUAAAUGUCACCCAUUUAAAAGAGUCAUGUGUUGUUGUUCUUUUUCGAAGUGAUGCAAAUAGGAAACGGUACUAGUCAUAAAAGGUUGUUUUUAUUUGUGCAUACACCAAAUGCAGCAUCAUGAAUUUGUUGUAUGUAAUACCCACUCUUUUAGCCAUCUGCCCAAGUUAAAUUGAAUUAUGGACUUGUGUGAGUGUAUGAGCUUGAGCAUGUGUGUGGUGCACAAGGACUCGUGGUUAAGACCCCUACUGUUCCUCCCUCCCACCUCCUACACACAAUCUGUCAAUGCGUCCUGCUGUCUAUUACUGAAGGAAUCCACUACACAAACACACGCACAUGCUGGUCUGAUCGAACAUGACUAAGGUAGAUUCUCAGAAACCAGAUGAGGGUUCACUGAAGACCUCAAGAUGAUAUCAAAUGAUUAUUCUUAUGUAACACACUGCAACUUUCUGUCAUACAGCCAUGCAGAUAGAGUGGUCACAGUGGCCCCUGGUACCACUGUCACUAAACUGAAUGUCUUAAUGUCUAUACUCCAGUUCUUGGUAGUGUCUUUUGCUCGCUUGUUCUCUUUCUCUUCUUCUUCCUGGACAGCCAACAACUUAAAUCUACAAUGAAAUCUCUGCAAACUCACCACAGAAGUAUUUUCGAGGGGGUUAUUUUUUCAGAGACACAGCUGCUUCAUCUUUUUGAACAAACCAAUCUUUUGGUCCUCUCUCCCUCUCCUCCUCUCCCUGAGUAGCCCCACAGGCACUGUGGUCGUGUCUUUCUCCCUUCUCUUUCUCCCCCUCUUAUGCUCUUAUUCUUUAAUUUAUUGUGAAUUGAUUUCUAAGGUUGUUUUGCCUCUGUCUGAAGAUACGGUUUCUUUUCUGUCUUCCUUUUUGUAAAAUUGACCUUUUUUUGUUAACUUUAGUCACUGCUAAUGUAACAAAAUGCACUGUGAUGAUUCCAGUAUUAAUAAAAGUUGUACUUAAACUGUG